AUGCAGUCAUGGACUGGCACAGGCAUUCGAUCGAUCUUCUGCACCCUACGAUCAACCACUCAACCCGCCUCACGCUAUUUUGCAACGACUUCUCCCCUGCAAAGAACGAGCAAAGCACUCUUGAAAGCGAAGCUGAAACAGCAAACCGAAGCGGUAGCAGUUGCUUCGAACAAAAGCAAAGGGAAACCCGGCGCCUUAAGCUCUCGACAAAAUGUUGCUCGUGCGCGCGAAUUCAGCAACGUCGUUGAUGUUGCAUUACGACAAACCGAGCAUAAUCUCAAAAAAUCGGGCCAGUCAUUGAAAGGAUGGGAUCGGUUCAAACGCCUUGUGUGGAAUGCGUGUCGGGUGGAUGACACCAAAUCAGGUGCCAAAUGGGGCAAUCUACAACAGCUGAAGAUGACCCUGCAAAAGUCAUAUUUAUCUGGAGGAGUGGCAGGGCUACGGAGUGAACUAGAGUAUAUGUUGUCAGCAGACGAUCUGACCUCUCAGUACUCGACUUCCACCCUGGACGCUCAGAAGCAAGUCGCCGAUCUUCGAUUCCCCGCAGAGUGGUACCCUCGCGCACGAUCUAUCCAACGAACGGUGCAUCUACAUGUCGGUCCAACAAAUUCCGGGAAAACGUACCACGCACUGAAGCGAUUGGAACAGUCCAAGAAUGGGUUUUAUGCUGGACCGCUCAGACUGCUUGCCCAGGAGGUAUAUCAUCGUUUUAAAGAUAGCGGUGUGCCGUGCAGCCUUGUUACAGGAGAUGAAGUCAGAAUCCCCGAAGAUGGCAAAGUAGCGCGAAUUGUAAGCAAUACAGUGGAAAUGGUUAGCGUGGGACAAGAAUUUGAAGUAGGUGUGAUUGACGAGAUUCAAAUGAUCGCCAAUCCUAAACGAGGCUGGGCGUGGACUCGAGCUGUGCUAGGAGCCCAGGUAUCCGAGCUGCACCUUUGCGGUGAGACAAGAGUGGUGCCACUGAUUCGAGAGUUGUGUGCACUUACUGGGGACAUUCUGGAGAUUCAUCGCUACGAGAGACUAAACGCCCUGGAGGUGAUGCCAACAAGUCUUGAAGGAGACCUAAAUAAGCUUCAAAAGGGAGAUUGUCUGGUUGUGUUUUCUCGUGUCGGAAUCCAUACCUUGAAGGCAGAUAUCGAAAAGGUCACUGGCAGGCGAGCGGCCAUUGUCUAUGGUGGCCUGCCGGCUGAAAUUCGAACGCAGCAAGCGGCAUUGUUCAAUGAUCCAGAUAAUGACUAUGAUUUCCUUGUGGCGAGUGAUGCCAUUGGCAUGGGGUUAAAUCUGAGUGUCAAACGUGUCAUUUUCGAGACUCUUAUCAAAAGAACCCCAAGUGGGUUACAGCGUCUAUCCAUCCCUGAAAUCAAGCAAAUUGGCGGACGAGCUGGGCGAUACCGGCCUGCCGGCAUCAAAGGGAGCAGCCAGGACGGAGCCAACGUUGGUCUCGUCACUUGUCUUGAAGACGUCGAUCUUCCAUAUAUCAAAGAAGCUAUGGGGAUUGAGCCUGCACCACUCCGUGCUGCUGGCAUCUUCCCUACAAGCUCCGUUCUACAAAAGUUUGCCGCAUACUUUCCUCGAAACGUACCAUUCGAGUAUUUGAUCAAACGAGUCAUAGAAAUCUCGCAGAUGAGCCCCCUCUUCUUCCUGUGUGACGCGGAAGGUCAGCUCGAGAGCUCCGAGAUCAUUGACUCGGUGGAUGACCUGAGAAUCUCAGACCAGCUGUUCCUUAUGGCGGCACCUCUGGAGGUUCGAAAUCCAGCCUUGCGUGAGAUGAAUUUAUCAUUUGCAAGAUGUAUUGCUGCCAAUAGCCAAGGAAAAUUGUUGGAUAUUCCCCAUCUCAACCUAGAGAUUUUGGAACAACCGGUGUCUGGCAGGAGGGAAUAUGUCCAUGAUCUGGAGGUCCUUCAUAAAGCAAUCAUUCUCUAUUCAUGGUUGAGCUUUCGAUUUGGCGGUAUAUUCACGGAUCGAACCUUGGCCGGUCAUGUCAAGGUGCUUGCAGAAGAGAGACUGAUGCGAGCAUUGGGCGAAUUCUCGGCCAAUAAAACCUUGCGGAAGGAUGCCUCUUUGCGACGACAGAUUGCGCUGCAGAAGCAAAUUUUGAGUCAGCAAAGAGUUAUUACUGAAGAAGAUUUGCUCUCACCAGAUCGGAAGGCAGAUCAAAUACCCGAUGAACUGUCAGAGGAAAGCUCUGAUCCCGUGGAGAAUGUCACUCCGUUAGAGGAUGAUAUCGACUUGAUCGAGGAGGAACAGGCCUCACGAACAUGA